AUGGAACACCAUUGGAUUCACUCAACACCAGACUCACCAAUUCCCCCAUUUGCUGUCCUCGGAGGAUACGAUGCUGAUGGUUCAUCAAUCUAUGUUGGUCGUGCCUUUCACGAAGGUGACAAUUUGCCAGCCAAAGUGGUGCCCAACAAACGUUGUGCUUAUGUCAGCUGGGGUGGUCGUGAAAUCACAAAGACUCACUAUGAAAUCCUAGUUGGCGAGGACUAUAGAUUUAUAAGUUGCCCUAUCGACACCAUUCCACAAAAUGCUGUCCGUGCAGGUAACACUGUCGAUGGAGAGCCGCUCUAUGUUGGACGUGGCAUGUGGGAAGGAAGUGAGACGGUCGGUAAAAUUCAUCCCACCCAUCAUUGCUUGUAUAUUCCCUUUGGUGGAGAUGAACAACGUUUGGAAUCUUAUGAGGUGUUGAUUCGCGAACCAUCACAUGUUUGGGUGCCGGGAACUUUACAUCACGUUCCGCCGAAUGCAGUUGUUGCCGGGCACGAUACCAAUAAAUCUACAAUCUAUGUUGGUCGAGCUUACCAUGAAGGUGAGAACCUUCCAGCCAAGUUUGUUCCCGAUGCGGGAAGUGUUUAUGUUAGUCAUGAUGGUCAUGAUAUAUUCAAAGAUGAGUUUGAGGUAUUGGUUGGUGAUGGUUACAGUUGGGUUGGUGGUGUACAUUCAGGAAAUAAUAUUCCCAUUGGAGCUGUAUCAACUGGACACACACGAAAUGGUGAGAAGGUGUAUGUUGGACGUGGUUAUCAUCAUGGAUCGUUGACUCCAGGGAAAGUUCACCCUGGAGAAUAUCGACUAUAUAUUGCUUAUGGUGGGAAGGAGGUCAAGAUAAAGGACUACGAAAUGCUUGUUAAGAGAAAUUAA